AUGGGCAACAACAUAUCAAGUACUGCUGCUUCAAUAGCAACAGCGGGCAUUGACAGCUAUGUUAGUGAACUCGGAGAUAUACAAUAUGAGAAAAGCUUGAGCAGUGCGCGCUUUAUGAAAACGAUUCGUGGGCGACACAAGGAUAGCGCGGUUGUGGUGAAAAUAUUUAUUAAACCUGAGCCAGGGUUAUCUUUGUCACAUAUCGUGAAGGCACUUGAAGAGGAAAAAGAUAAUUUAUCUGAAGUGCCUAAUGCUUUUGCCUAUCAACGUAUACUCGAAACCGAAAAGGCUGGCUACCUGAUAAGGCAAUACUUCUUCAGUAGUCUUUAUGAUAGAAUAAGUACGCGUCCUUUUUUAAAUUUGAUCGAGAAAAAAUGGAUAACAUAUCAGAUACUUUGCGGUGUUCACGAUGCACACACACGUGGGAUAUACCAUGGAGAUAUAAAGACAGAAAACGUGUUAGUGACAUCGUGGAAUUGGGUGUAUUUGGCAGAUUUUGCUGGAUAUAAACCUACAUAUUUACCCGAGGAUAAUCCUGCAGAUUUUUCAUUCUUCUUUGAUACUUCGAUGCGUCGAAUAUGUUACCUGGCACCUGAGAGAUUUUAUAAACGUCAUAGUGAAAUUGAUCGAAGGAAGGCAGAACUUGAAUUUGGUGAAAAAGAUGGUGCCGUCACUCCAGCUAUGGACAUAUUUUCAUUAGGAUGUGUAAUCGCCGAGCUUUUUCUAGAGGGUACCGCAAUAUUUUCAUUGGCACAAUUAUUCAAGUAUAGAAGUGGGGAAUAUGACCCGAGUUCUGAAUUGAAUAAAAUCGAAGACGCAGAUAUCAGGGCAUUAGUUAAGCACAUGAUAAAUUUAGAUCCAUCGAAACGAUAUACAGCCGAACAAUACUUACAAGAAUGGAAAGGAACAGCUUUUCCAACCUAUUUUUAUACUUUUUUACAUCAAUAUAUUGGUUCUGUAACCGAAAAUACUCAUUCCCCGAGUCUUGAUCCAAAUACACCUGCUAGUCAUAUUAAGGACCCAAGUGGGGCACCAAAUACAGUAAUUAAUACUGAUGCGGAUGAUAAAAUAGAUAGAAUAUAUCAUGAAUUUGAUAAGAUUGCAUUCUUCCUUGGUUUUUAUGGAGAUGAUAACCCAUCCGAUAGAAAGGAAAAUAUUAACGCUGAAUAUUACGAGGGUGAGAUCGAAAACGGUGAUGGUCGUGGACUUGUGUCUAUUGGUGGUCGUGAUGGAAAAGUAGGAGAGCGCUCUUCACGAGCAUAUCCAGCAAAAGAAUCUAAUUCAACGAACGCAAUUUCUAUGCAAAUAAACAUCCCUAAUUAUUAUGUUUCAUCGAAAUCGGGAAGCAACUUAGCAAAUAAAACUGCAGGUGAUGUACCUAAUGGGGGAGCUCUUAUUUUCCUUUCUCUUAUUUGUGCGACCAUCAGAAAUACAGCGUAUCCAACCUCAAAACUCCAUGCAUUAGAAAUGCUGCUGGCUAUUGGUCAGCAUUUAGAAGACGAAUUUAAAUUAGAUAGACUUGUUCCCUACCUAAUCGCUCUUCUUAGCGAUAAAGUUGCUUUGGUGCGGGCAAAUACAGUCAAAACUUUGACGCAUUUGCUUUCGAUGGUUGAGACUAUCACCCCUUCGAAUGCUAUGAUUUUUCCAGAAUACAUCCUCCCACAAUUACGUAAAUUUGUGACCGAUCCCGAAAUUCUCGUGCGGAUGACGUAUGCACAGUGUAUCUCCACGUUGGCUGAGACCGCACUAAGAUUUUUAGAGUUGACUCAGGGUUUCAAAUCAGAUGGUGGUUUGACUACACUGGAAACAGACAACGAAAUCGAGGGAACCUAUGAGGCUUCUUAUGAUGCAAACCUUCAUGAUUUGCAAUCUUUAAUUCAAGAGCAAGUUACGACUCUUUUAAUCGAUUCUGAAAGCGCUGUGAAACGUGCAUUACUUGAGAAUAUUACCAGCCUUUGCAUCUUCUUUGGUCGACAGAAGGCGAAUGAUGUUUUGUUAAGUCAUAUGAUAACCUAUCUAAAUGAUCGAGAUUGGAUGCUUAAAUGCGCCUUCUUUGAAAGCAUUAUCGGAGUGGGAACUUUUGUGGGUGGACGUAGUUUAGAAGAAUAUAUUUUACCGUUAAUGAUUCAAUCCCUAACUGAUUCUGAAGAGUUUGUGGUUGAGAAGGUUUUAAAUUCUCUUACUAGCCUAGCUGAACUCGGAUUGUUUCAGAAAAUGAAGAUAUGGGAAUUGGUGGGAAUUAUUUCUUCUUUAUUAUGUCAUCCCAGUAUAUGGAUACGAUAUGGCGCAGUAGCUUUCAUAUCGUCAGCAUCUAAAUUAAUACCGGUAACUGAUGUCUGGUGCAUAGUAUAUCCGAUAAUUCGACCCUUUUUACAGGCAGAUGUUAUUGAUCUAUCCGAAAUACAACUUUUGGAAAACAUCAAAGAUCCGCUAUCACGCGUGGUGUUUGACGAAGCACUUACAUGGGCAAAUAAGGCAACGAAUAAAUCACUAUUUUGGAAACAAGCAAGAGAACGAAAAAACAACGCGAACAAUAUUUUCACCAUGUCAGUUUUAGCCUUAGAACGCUCAACUGCUAUUAAUGCAGUUCUCCAAGCCAGCAAAGUUUGUCAAGCUGUUUUUCGAAAUUUAGCAGACGCAAAGGCAAUAACGAAAAAAGAUAAAACUCCAAUUACGGUCGCCGACUAUAGUGCACAAGCAGUCAUUAACACUAUAUUAGGAAAAACAUUCCCCAAUGACCCUAUAGUUGGGGAAGAGGAUACCGAUGAAUUACGCGGCGACGAAAGGAAACCUUUACGCGAAAAAGUUCUCGAAUUGACAAAUUCUAUAUUAGACGUGCCUUUAGAUGAAAACAAAUUAUUGAGUGCGAUUGAUCGAGGAACUCAUCCGGGUGGAAUAAAAGGAAGAAUGUGGACGUUGGAUCCUAUCGACGGAACGAAGGGAUUCCUCCGGGGAGAACAAUAUGCCGUGUGCCUUGCCUUGAUCAUUGACGGUCAAGUCGAACUCGGUGUAAUGGGAUGUCCUAAUUUACCGUUUGAUUUGAAAAAUAAAGAAAGCGAAAGAGGUUGCUUGUUUGUUGCUGUAAAAGGACAAGGCGCUUUUCAGCGUAAAUUUUCUUCUUCGGAUGAGCUGCCCAUCCAUUUUGCGAAUAUUUCUUCUCCAUCCGAGGCAACAUUUUGCGAAUCAGUUGAAGCGGGACAUUCUUCACAUGAUGACGCAGCAAAAAUUGCAGCCUUAUUAGAAAUCAGCAAACCACCAUUUCGCGUGGAUAGUCAAUGCAAAUAUUGUUGUAUCUCAAGAGGUGAUGCAAAUAUUUAUUUACGAUUACCUACGAACGUUCAAUACAUCGAAAAUAUUUGGGAUCAUGCUUCUGGUUCUUUACUUGUUAACGAGUCAGGAGGCACCAUAUCUGAUCUUUACGGCAAAGCUUUAGAUUUCUCAUUGGGACGAAAGCUAAAGGCUAACACUGGUAUCGUUGCUUCCCACCCAAACAUACAUUCUCAAGUUCUCGAUGCAAUCCAACAAGUUAUCAAAAAAGAGAAUAUUAACAAUUAA